CAUUAUCAACAAACAGCAGCCCGUGAUUUGAUGUUAGAAGUGCUUUUGAAAACAAAAUCGCGUUGUUUUUGCUACAGAUAUCAUUAUCUGCGGAGAAAUGCUCAACAAGAGGGGUCUAAGCUUAAAGUUACUUAUAAAACCUUUAUUUGUGCACCCGGCGCGAUUUGGAUUUUUCUUCUUAACAUUUUCAUUUUUAUAUUUUGUAUAUGUCACCGUUACACCUGAAACAAUCAACUAUCCUUAUAACACAUACCUCGGAUAUCCUUUGACAAUUGAAGACAACCCUUACACAAUCAACACGUCUGAUUGUAGGAAUUAUACAGUGGUAAUAAUAGUACAUUCAGCGGUUACAAAUUUCCGUAAACGUCAAGUUAUAAGAAAAACAUGGGGGAACAAAGCAUUGCUAACAAAAUAUGGAAUGAAACUUGUGUUUUUUCUAGGGAUGCCUUACAAUAGCGACUUGCAAGUUCUUAUUAACGAAGAGUCUGUUGAACACAAUGACAUUGUACAAGGAAAUUUUCUUGAUUCUUACACAAAUAUUACUCACAAAGCUGUUCUAUGGUUAAGGUGGGUUAGUGAAAAUUGUGCAAGCUCGAAAACUGUACUUAAACUAGACGAUGACGUUUUUGUUAAUGUAUUUUUGUUUCGUUAUUAUUUACAUACUUUCGAUACUUCAAAACGGCAGAUAUGGUGUGAAUUAAAACUAGCUGGAGAACAACCUAUACAACGAAGGAAAGGUCUUAAAUGGAGAGUGGCAGACCACGAGCUCAAAGGUCUGAAAUAUUUCCCUGCUACAAUGUGUCGGGGAUAUUUUGUUAUCUUAACCAUACAAUCUGUGCCACCGAUGUACGAGGCAGCGAAACAUACACCAUUCUUUUGGAUUGAUGACUUUUACAUAUUUGGAACUUUAGCAAAUAAAACGGGAAGUCAGAUUUUAUCACUGGUGAACUAUCUUGCAGAAGAAAAAGAAGCAUUUAGAUGUUUUUCCUCAACAAAACGUCUCUGUGAUUUGCUAGGUGUGUUAUUGGAUUCUGAGAGUGCUAUGGAAAUGCUUUGGGCACACACAGUUUAUCAGGUUAAUUCUUUGUCGUGAUGAAUCGACAUACAGCCAGUUUCAGAAUGAACCAGAAUAAAGAUGGCAAAGUGAUUGAGUUGUCUGCCUUUCAGUCUCGAGAUCGUGGAUUCGAGUUUUUACUGUGGGCUACAACGACCAACGAUUCAACAAAGCAUAUCACAUACUAUAUACCUUGCUAAUGUUUGUAAUGUUUCUAUGACGUGUUUUUGUACAUUACCUUUAAAAUGAGAUUGAACAUUAUA